AUGAAACCAGCCUCUGCGUCUGCAGAACGACAAGAUGAGGACCAACAGAAUAAUGAGAUCUCGGAAACCGCGAACCCCAGAAAUACCCCAGACGAGCACGGUCCUAAUCCUGAACCACUGCGAGUUCUCAAUUUUGCAAACGACGAUGAACCUUCUCCAUCAACGCCGGGAAUAUUUGUCCUGAAACUGCCGAACCUUAGUCCAGAAUCAACGGAGCGAAUCUUUCCCAUCAGCUCAGUCGUGUCGGUCGAUUCCUCCGCUCCGCCAACACCGGCAGCGGAGAACCCUGAAGAGCAAAACUCCCCCUGGGCUGAAAGUCUCCGUUCAAAUUUUACUGUUGGCAAGCAAUCACCCGGCCAGCCAGCUACGCCAUCGCCCGAUGACCGCAAGGACGCACCCUCGAUUCAGAGCACAGUAGAAGCAUAUGGCAGUUCUUUGAAUGUGACUACUGGAAGCAGGAAGCGAACCCCCUUGGAAAUUGACUUAGCCAGAGAAAUUUCCGACAUAUCAUCCGAGGAUGUGAAUGUGUCUUCCCAGGGGGGCUCUGGACUUAUGGAGCCAUCCUCUGCUGCGGCCCAGGACUCGUACUUCGUAGGAGCAGGAUCCUGGAUCGACCAAACGGGAGCAGCAACCUGGAUACAAGACAUGGAAGAUGACCCAAACUUCAAGCACAUUCAUGGGCUUGGUGCACUUAUAGUGCUACAAGAGUCCAAAGGAAGUCUCAUCGUCCAGGUUGCGAGCAAGAACACCGAAGAAGUUCUUGGCUACAAACCUGACCAGCUUUUCGCACUACCGAGCUUCUGCGAUAUCGUGAAGGAUGAUCAGAAAAAAGACUUUCUUGGCCGUUUUAACCUUGUCCGGGACAAGUGGUAUAAUGUCGAGCAGCACGGUCCAGAUAUCCACGAAGUCGAUGUCCGUCAAGGUUACGGGACAACGAGGCGGCUUUGGUGUACGAUGCAUGCCACAAAGGCAAACUCUGGUCAUAUCGUAUGUGAAUUCGAAUUGAUGAGAGCCGUUCUUGAUUAUUGGAGGAACUCAGGGCCAUCGAAAUCGGUCUACGCAGUCUAUGACAACACAAGCUCAGACGACAGAUCGGAUGAGAAGAACAGCACUCCGAGCAUGCCUCCUGAGAUGCAAAACAUGCUGAGAGGAAUCAGAGGAAAUUUCCAGUCUGCGGAUAUGUUGAGCGCCUUGUCACUUGUUAUCCAGCUGGCCGCGAACGCCUCCUCCCUGAGUAUGCUUUUCAACUAUCUUAUUGGCAUCAUUAGGGAAUUGACCGGUUUCAGCCGAGUGACUGUCUUUUAUUUUGAUCGUGACGGGAAUGCGGUUCCUAUGAACGAUGCCGUUGACUCGCGCGUUAUUGCCAGUUUCCCGGAAGACCUGCAUUUCCCAAAACCGCUUUCUCCGAGAGACUUGGGAAGGUUUCAUUUGGGCAACAAAGUUUGUCUCGAGUACAGUCAUAGGCAGUCACACACUGAGCUGGUUUACCGUGAUGCUGAAAAUUUGCCGAGCGAGUUUGAUCUAGACCACUCUUACCUGUUGGCGAGAUCACCGUACCUUGUGGAUCAUGUCACCGGAAUGCCGGUCUUUGCUUGCAUGUCUAUCAAUAUAAAUGCCUUCGGACUACGAAAGUUCUUCUGGCUGGUUAGCGACACACUUUCAGGCAAUAUUGAACGUCUUUCGAACACGAUGACUGCCGACAUGCAGGGUCCUUUCACUUCUUCAAACGACGGAGAUGAGAAAGGCGAUAGCUUUCAGGUGAAAGACUUACUGACCUUGUUCAAGGCGGAUUAUGCUGCAUCCUUAAUGUUAGGUGAAACCAAAAUCCUUGGAAAGCCCCACGAUGCGCAGGAAGUGCUCGCUUUAGUGGAAUACUUGAAACUGAAGGAACUCGGUGCUGUCUUGUGUUCAACGGACAUGACUCGAGAUUUUCUGGACCUCAACUAUACCCCUGGUUUCAAGUAUCUAUCCAAUCUGCUGUACGUACCCUUGUCGACGGACUGUCGAGAGUUUAUCGUUUUCUUCAAGGCGUCACAACGCGGGGACACGUUUCGUGCUCGGACUGAUAACAAUGCUCGAUGUCUGGGUCAAGGACAGCCGACAGACCUUGGUUCAGAGGCGAAGGUGGCCGAUCGUGAGACUGAUGUAUGGAAUGCGGGAGACUUACAGAAGGGCUCCUUUCUGUCCUUGAUAUACAGGGCCAUGCUGAAAGAGGUAUGGCAGCAAAAGGAAACAACAAUGCAGAGCACCCAGCUUAUGCGACUACUUUUGGCAAACUGCGCACACGAGUUUCGGACGCCGCUGAACGCGAUCAUCAACUACCUUGAAAUUGCAUUGGAUGGAGAUCUCACUCAAGAGACUCGGGAGAGUCUUUCCAGAUCGCAUUCCGCUUCAAAAUCCCUCAUUUACAUAAUCAACGAUCUCUUGGACCUCACGAACGCAGAGAACGGUAUCAGCUUGAUUAAAGACGAGAACUUUGAUCUCGUGGAGACCAUCCAUGAAGCCUCGAGCAUUUUCUGUGAAGAAGCGAGGCAGAAGGGUGUUGAACUUCAUGUUGUACAGUAUUCCGACAUUCCUCCUGUGCUGGGAGACCAACGGCGAGUACGACAGGUCAUCACGAACCUCAUCAGCAAUGCUGUUCAACAUACAUCUUCGUCGGGAACCGUGACUGUCGAAUCAUGCUUGUUGCCUGACUACACAGAGACUGGGAGACUUGGAGUUGAAGUAGCUAUCCACGACACGGGAACUGGCAUGUCUCAGAACGAUAUCGAAGCACUUUUCUGUGAACUAGAGCAAGUUUCGAACAAAGAUUAUAUACGAAGUCGAAGUCCGCAACGCUGCGACAAUGCCGUAACGAGCGACAGUAGCGGCUCGAGGAACAUACUUGGGCUGGGCUUAGCCCUAGUUGCUCGCAUAGUUCGCAAUAUGAACGGUCAACUCAGCGGGAAAUCAGAGGAAGGCCAGGGGAGUUGCUUCAGGAUCAAAAUGCAGUUCCCUUUACCUUUCGACGAGUCCAAUGAAGAGAACCUUGAUUCUGACAGAGCGUCGCCGGUUGACAAAGGAAAAGCGAGGCAAAGUGAAACUGAAGACGGCCAAAACGUGCCUCCCAAGCAAGAUGAAAGUCAGUCCAGCGAAGAUGACAGAGCUCGGGCAGGGAAGAAUACUGGAUCCUCAGAGUGUGCAGAUUCCACAAAACAUGAUAGCCAUACAUCAGACGACACAGUCACCGCGGGUCUUGCUCAACAUGACUCUGCCUCGAAGCAAGAAGAAUCAAUAAUACAUCCUGACAUAAGGACAAAACCUCCGUCUACCGAGGAGGACGGGCAAGCUCAUCAACGACAUCUAAGGUCCGCUGAGCAAUCUACCAGAGCUUUAGCCGAUGAACGGACGAAGCCAAUCGAGGGAACAGCGGCCGCGUCCUCAGAAAGGACAGCAGAGCCAAGUCAAACCAAAGCCCAAACUCAGUCCGAUGUCUCACGCAACGAGGCUGCAACUACUGCCUCUGACGGCCAUUUCAAAAAGACCCUCCACAUCUUAGUAGCCGAGGACGAUCCCACAAACAGCGCAAUCUUACGCAAAAGACUACGGAAAUCGGGACAUACCGUCUAUAUGACUGAGAAUGGAAAGGAAUGUGCUUCUGCAUUCCGUGACAAUGCGCACUCAUUUGACGCCGUCCUGAUGGAUAUACAGCAGAUGCCGAUCGUCGAUGGCAUGGGGUCAACCAAGAUGAUACGGAAAUAUGAAGAGCUGACAGCUUCUUCGACUUCUGUUCCAGCGACUUGUCGGCCUCAGCGGAUUCCGAUAUUCGCUGUCUCGGCAUCUCUGGUGGAGAAGGAUCGUCAGACGUAUAUCGACGCGGGGUUCGACGGGUGGAUCAUGAAACCGGUUGAUUUCAAACGUGUUGCUCAUCUUCUGGAUGGAGUGUAUAAGGAAGCGGUCCGUGAGGACAGUCUCUACAAGCCUGGCAUGUGGGAGAAGGGAGGCUGGUUCGAUAAGGGAGGUGAGAGCUAAGAAUCCUUCUGUGGAAUUGAGAGUUAUGUCGGCAUGAGAC